UUUAUUACCAGUGUCGUGAAUGUCGGUAAGCAUUAAACCCAGUUCUUGAGUAAACUCAGAGUUCUUCGGAAUCAAGAAACAGCAGAGAAAUGAAGUUGAUUCGAAGACUAUGGUCAAUGAACAAACAAAACCACUGGUUAUUCAAGUUAGCAGUUGCAAUUCUAUUAACGGGCAUUGCUUUUCGCCUUUUCUUUAACCAAUCUUCAAGAUUUGAACCGGAUUUUAAUACCGCCUUUUCUGAUCAAACCAAUGAACUCCCGAAAUCACCUCGUUUUGUUGAUGGGGAUGUCCCAAUCAUCUCAAAGCCGCCACCUUUUAGUAGUGCCGAUAUCCCGGAGGUAAAACCACCUCCUGCUGUUAUUUAUGUUCCAAAUGCCAAUCAAUCCGUUUUUGUUGAUGAACCAGAGCCUCAAGAUCAGGAAAGCCAAGAAGAAGUUGAUGCAGGAAAAUGUGAUCUUUUUAUUGGGGAUUGGAUUCCGGACCCGUCGGGUCCAAUGUACACGAAUGCUAGCUGCUCUUUGAUUGAAGGUCACCAGAAUUGUAUGAGGAAUGGUCGACCCGACUCGGGUUAUCUGUAUUGGAGGUGGAAUCCACGGAACUGUGAAUUACCUCGAUUUGAUGCUCAGAGGUUUCUUGAGUUGAUGAGAAAUAAAGCAUGGGCGUUGAUUGGUGAUUCAAUAUCUCGCAACCAUGUGCAGUCAUUGUUAUGCAUGCUCUCCACAGUUGAUCAAGCUGUUGAAGUUUAUCACGACGAGUACUACAAAUCAAAAAGAUGGUUCUUCCCUUCUUAUAAUUUUAGCAUAUCAAAUAUUUGGACCCCUUUCCUUGUAGAGGCAGCAAUCUUCGAAGAUGAUAAUGGCGUUUCGUCAGCUGAAGUUCAGCUGCAGCUCGACAAAGUCGAUAAGAAUUGGACAAGUUUAUAUCAGAGUUUGGACUACGCCAUUAUUUCGACCGGAAAAUGGUUCCUGAAAGCUGCAAUUUAUCAUGAAAAUAACACGGUAGUGGGUUGCCAUAUAUGUCCGGGAAAGAACUUCACGGAACAGGGAUUCGUCUUUGCUUAUGAGAGAGCCCUACGAAAUGCGAUGGACUUCAUUGCAACAUCGAAACACAAAGGGUUAACUUUUUUUAGAACAUCAACUCCUGAUCACUUUGAGAACGGAGAAUGGCAUAACGGAGGGACUUGUAAAAAAACAACACCUGCUAAAGACGGUGAGAUUGAAAUAAAGGACUUGAACAGGAUUCUACGCGACGUUGAGUUAACACAGUUCAAGAAUGCAUCAGUAAAAGCUGCUGAAAAUGGAGUAAAUCUUAAACUUCUCGACUUCACGAAUCUUUUACUGUCAAGGCCGGACGGGCAUCCGGGUCCAUACAGACAGUUUCAACCAUUUGCAGAGGACAAGAAUGCCACAGUUCAGAAUGACUGUCUACAUUGGUGCUUGCCUGGGCCAAUUGACUACUGGAAUGAUGUGAUAAUGGAAAUUAUGGUUAAUGGUUGAGAGCUUCAGAGUACAGAUGAUAAAUUUCAACCACACAAACACUAGUCAUCGAUGAAUGCAGCUUCCUACCUUGUGAAUAUCGGCACGAUUCUUUGAGGUUUCAUCUGUAAUGCCAUUUUGUUUCACAUUCAUACCAAUUGUUGUUACUACGAAAAGGGGAGGCUUGAUCCAGUUGUAGCACUUGUUCUAUAGUUAUGAGAUUUUAAGAUGUGAAGCUCCCCUUUCAAUUGUAAAAUAAUAACAAAAUUGAUUAGCUUCUUUGAGUAAAUCGUCAUUUCGGUCCUUCAA